AACAGAAAGAUCCAACCAUCAAGAUCAUGGAAGACUUCUCUGGGUACCCCAUUCAUGAGCCCAACUCAGUUUCUUCUUUAUCUGUGGACACUCACUCUCUGCAGAACCAUAUUGAUGAGCUAUCAACUUUCUCAGAUUCACCUGCACCUUCAGUAACUAGGGUCUUGUACAGCGAGAAGGAUGUAUCGGCAAGGAGGUAUGUGAAGAGUUUGAUGAGACUUUCUGGUCUGUCUGUAAGGGAGGAUGCAGUAGGCAACAUUUUUGGCCGGUGGAAUGGCUAUGAACAUGAGCUGGCUCCAGUUGCAACAGGAUCACACAUUGAUGCCAUACCAUACUCAGGGAAAUAUGAUGGUGUGGUUGGUGUUUUAGGUGCAAUUGAGGCAUUUAAUGCUUUGAACAGAUCUGGCUUCCGGCCCAAGAGGUCACUUGAAGUAAUCAUGUUCACCUCAGAAGAACCUACAAGGUUUGGGAUCAGCUGCUUGGGAAGCCGUUUAAUGGCAGGGAGUGUGGAGCUUGAAGGACUUCUCAAGAAGGCAGCAGUGGAUGGUCAGAAUAUUUCCUUCUCGGAUGCAGCAAAGUCUGCAGGUUACGGAAAUGCUCUGGACUUUUCCAGUGUAUUGUUAAAGAAAGGAAGCUAUUCUGCUUUUAUAGAACUCCACAUAGAGCAAGGUCCACUUCUAGAAGAGGAAGCUAUACCUAUUGGGGUUGUGACUGCCAUUGCCGCUCCUGCAAGCAUCAAGGUUGAUUUUGAAGGCAAUGGAGGCCAUGCUGGAGCUGUCCUAAUGCCAAAUAGGAAUGACGCUGGACUAGCUGCUGCUGAAUUGGCAUUAGCGGUGGAGAAACAUGUAUUGGAAUCCGGAUCAGUUGAUACGGUUGGCACUGUUGGGAUUCUGAAGCUGCAUCCAGGAGCAGUUAAUAGCAUCCCAAGCAGAUCACAUCUGGAAAUAGAUACACGUGAUAUUGAUGAAAAGAGAAGAAACGAAGUUGUUGAGAAAAUUCAUCAAUCUGCCUUGAGCAUAUCUGAAAAACGUAGAGUGAAGCUUUCAGAGUUCAAAAUAGUGAACCAAGAUCCACCUGCCAUCUCUCAUGAAUCAAUCACAUCGGCUACAGAAUCUGCUUGCCGGCACCUAAAUUUAAACUACAAGAAAAUGAUUAGCCGAGCCUAUCACGAUUCAUUAUUCAUGGCCAGAGUAUCUCCAAUGGGCAUGAUAUUCAUACCGUGCUACAAAGGUUACAGCCAUAAACCCGAAGAGUUUUCGGCCAUCGAUGAUAUCACUAAUGGUGUGAAAGUGUUAGCAUUGACUCUUGCCAAUUUGUCACUGUCUUGAUGUCUGUGGCCUUCUGUACAAUAAUACUUAUUCAUGUUGUGGGAGUUUUCCUCACCCCAAAUUCUCUUUUGUUAUCUAUCAUUGCUAUUGUGAUAAGGGGGAAGUUAUGGGAGCUAGUUUGCUAAUUGUCACAUGCUUUCUCAAUUUAUUCACUGUACUACUCUCUUCUCUUGAAAUAAUGUACACAUUUUUGAUUUCCUUAUUAAGAAUAUAAUACUCUGUAUUUGUUUGCGGUUAUAAUAAUUUUCACUUUUUGAGUUUUCGUAAAUUAG